AUGGGCUGUAGACGCACAGACUGCCUUGCCAAGCCUCUGUCAGGCCUUUUUGAAAAACUCGGAUCACUUGUAGGCUCCUGUCCUUUUUAUUUUUUCGUAAUUCCUGUUCUCCUCUCAGCGGCACUCAGCGGAGGCUUCAUUUUUCUCAAAGACAGGGAGGACAAUGACCUUGAGCAGCAAUUCACACCCACGAAAGGACCCUCAAAGGCAACAAGAGCUUUUGUCAGGGAAAACUUCCCCUACAAUGACUCCAUGUUUUCAGGAGACAGGCUGUACGACAAGGGCAACUUUGCAUCCCUCAUUGCAGUGUCGACCGACAAUUCAAAUGUCCUGGCGAACCCUGCCUUUGAGGACAUCGUCAGACUCAACAAUAAGAUCCUCAAUAUCACUGUGGACAAUGGGAGACUGGGAUUUAAUGAGUUGUGCGCAAAAGCCAACGGAGAAUGUGUCUCAAACAACGUCCUGGAGAUCGUUAGCGCUAACGAAGCCAAUCAAACCAGCUUCACCUACCCUGUAUCUACAUUCAGAUCCAGCUCAGUGUGUCUGGGUUCUGUGCUCGGUGGGGUCAUCACAGAUGCCAACGACUCAGUCAUUAGUGCUCGGGCUGUAAAACUCUUUUACUACUUGGAGAAUCAGGGAAGUGCAUCUGAAGCCUCCAAAUCAUGGCUAAGAGGCUUUAAAGCACUCUUAUCGGACGAGACGGACAGCAAACACACUGAUGUGUCUUACUACACCUCCAAAUCCAAGCAGGAGGAGAUUGACAGUCACACCACAGAUGGCUUCCCUUUAUUCCUCAUCACUUAUGCCAGUGCUAUCACCUUCUCGGUGAUAUCCUGCCUGAGAUUGGACAAUGUGAGGAACAAGGUGUGGGUGGCUGUCUUCGGCGUCUUCUCCUCUGGGCUGGCUGUACUUUCCUCCUUUGGCUUGUUGCUUUACAUCGGAGUGCCAUUUGUUAUUACAGUUGCAAACUCUCCUUUCCUAAUACUCGGAAUUGGCCUCAACAACAUGUUCAUAAUGGUGUCUGACUGGCAGCACACCAACGUGGAAGACCCAGUGCCGAAGCGGAUGGCUCACACUUACAAAGAAGCUAUCAUGUCCAUCACCAUCACAGCCGUGACCGAUGUCCUCAAGUUCUCCAUAGGCGUCAAGUCCGACUUCCCAUCGGUGCAGUCGUUCUGCCUGUACACCAGCGCCUCCAUCAUGUUUUGUUACGUCUACACAAUCACCUUCUUCGGAGCCUUCCUGGCUCUGAACGGGAGGCGGGAAGCCAGCAACAGACACUGGCUGACCUGCGUGAAAAUACCAUCAGACAAUCCUGAUGAUUGUUCUGAGAUGUACAACAUCUGCUGCGUGGGAGGCGACUAUGAUAAGAACACUGGAGCAGAAAAAAAACAACCGGCGAGUAAUUUCUUCAAGGAUUACUACGGCCCAUUUUUGAUCAAACCUUGGGUCAAAGCAGCUGUAAUCUUCCUUUAUUUGGUAUAUUUAACCAUAAGUAUUUAUGGGUGUUUCCACGUACAGCAGGGGAUUGAGCUUUACGAUCUGGCAGCUGAUAAGUCCCACGUUACAAUUUUCAAUAGGAAAGAUAGGCAGCAUUUUUCUGAUUACGGUCCAUCUGUGAUGGUUAUUGUAAGUGAGGAAUUCCCAUACUGGGACGAGACCAGGAGGUUCCAACUCCAGGGAUGCAUAGAGGACUUCGCACGGCUUCAGUUUGUAGAUAAAGAUGUCUACACAUCCUGGCUGGACUCUUAUUUGUCAUAUGGACAAGAAAGACAUUUAAACCUUGAUGAUAAAGAUGUAUUUCUGAAAAAUCUUUCUCAUUUUUUUGAUUUAUAUCCUUUUUUAAAGCAAGAUGUGAACCUCACCGGAGAUGCCAUCUACGCAUCCCGCUUCUUCAUCCAGACUGUUGAUAUUGCCAAUGCCAGCAUGGAAAUGGAAAUGCUUCACGUUCUUAGAACCACUGCAGGCAGAUGCCAUGCAGCGUCUUUAUCAGUCUAUAACCAAAAAUUCAUCUUCAUGGACCAGUACGACGUAGUGGUGAGUAGCACGAUUAAGAACGUCGGCGUGAUCACAGCUGUGAUGUUGGUCGUCUCUCUCCUGCUGAUUCCCAACCCCAUCUGCUCAUUAUGGGUGACUUGUUCGAUUGGUUCAGUGACUGCGGGGGUGACUGGUUUUAUGGUGCUGUGGGAUGUCAGUCUUGAUUCCAUAUCCAUGAUCAUUUUUACCGUCUGCAUCGGUUUCACUGUCGAUUUCUCAGCUCACAUCUCCUACGCCUUCGUCUCCAGUAACAAACAGAGUCCCGAUGACAAGGCUGUGGACGCUCUCUCCAAUCUAGGCUAUCCCAUACUCCAAGGCGCCUUGUCCACCAUUUUAGGGGUGUCAGUGUUGGCUACGUCCAAGUUUCACACAUUCAGAACGUUCUUUAAGCUCUUCUUUCUUGUCAUGUUUAUUGGGAUGGUUCACGGCCUCGUUUUCAUCCCAGUAUUUCUGACAUCAAUCUCGUGCUGCUCAGAUAAAGACGAAAGCGAAGACAAGAAAUUGAAAAUAAGCAAAUUAUAACAACAAUCAUGCUUUAG